CAUAAAGAGAGGGAAAGGACAGAAAAAGCACUAAUCCGGGGAGGGAGAGAGAGAGAGAGAGAGAGAGAGAGGGGAGAAGAAGAAGAAUAGAGGGGAGAUGUCUGGGUGUUGUAGGGGAAGAUAGGGGGCAGAGCUUCAGCAUUUGGUCUGGUCUUUGAGGAACUCAGCAAACAAAUCCCAACCCUUUUUUCCUUCCUCGUUCCCUCCCUUGUCGGCCGGUCGGUCUACUCCCACUUUCCGGCGAGGUAGCCGGAAUCUUUUCCUUUCCUUUACUUUUUGUUCAUUUUUUUUGGUCCCCGGAUAUUCUCAGAAAGUCGCUUUCUGGUCCUUCCCUGAGCUGAUCUGAGCUCGUCAGCUGAGAAAGUCAAAAGUUUGCUCUACUUCUAAGCUUUGGAUUUUGUUGCUUAUCUGAACUUAACCGAGCUUGGAUUCACCAGACAGAAAUGGACCGUUGAAAUUACCUGGCCAAUAGUUUGUUUAUUUUGUAAUAUUCGCCGGAGAACACAAUGAAGACGCCGGCGAAUGCCGGAGCCGGCUCCGUCACGGCAGCGUCCACUCCCUGCGAAGGAGGAGACAAGAAGAGCAUAAACCCGGAGCUAUGGCAAGCGUGCGCCGGGCCGCUGGUGAACCUGCCGCCGGCUGGGACCCACGUGGUCUACUUCCCUCAAGGUCACAGUGAACAGGUUGCAGCUUCUAUGAAGAAGGAUGUGGAUGCACAGAUCCCAAACUACCCUAAUCUACCUUCAAAGCUACUAUGCCUCCUUCACAAUGUUACCCUGCAUGCGGAUCCAGAAACAGAUGAAGUAUAUGCUCAGAUGACACUCCAGCCUUAUCAUUCUUUUGACAAGGAUGCGUUAUUGAGAUCAGAUCUUGCACUCAAGACAAAUAAGCCCCAACCAGAGUUUUUCUGUAAAACAUUGACAGCAAGUGAUACAAGUACCCAUGGAGGUUUCUCGGUGCCACGCCGUGCUGCAGAGAAAAUUUUUCCUCCUCUUGAUUUCAAUAUGCAACCACCUGCUCAAGAACUAGUGGCCCGGGAUUUGCAUGAUAAUUUAUGGACUUUCCGCCAUAUCUACCGUGGACAACCAAAACGUCACUUGCUUACAACUGGAUGGAGCCUAUUUGUUAGCGGAAAGAGGCUUUUGGCUGGCGACUCUGUUUUAUUCAUUAGGGACGAAAAGCAGCAGCUUCUUUUGGGCAUUAGACGGGCUAACAGGCAACCCACCAAUCUAUCAUCGUCGGUAUUGUCAAGUGAUAGUAUGCAUAUAGGGAUUCUAGCAGCAGCAGCCCAUGCGGCAGCGAAUAAUAGCCCAUUCACUGUGUUUUAUAAUCCGAGGGCAAGUCCAUCAGAAUUUGUCAUCCCUUUAGCCAAGUACUACAAGGCUGUAUAUAGCAACCAAAUAUCACCUGGCAUGCGCUUUCGAAUGAUGUUUGAAACAGAAGAGUCAGGAACAAGAAGGUAUAUGGGUACAAUCACAGGUAUUAGUGAUCUUGACCCUCUUAGAUGGAAGAACUCACAGUGGCGUAAUUUACAGGUUGGUUGGGAUGAGUCAACAGCUGGGGAAAGACGUAACCGGGUCUCAAUCUGGGAAAUUGAACCGGUAACUGCUCCAUUUUUUAUCUGCCCCCCUCCGUACUUCAGAUCAAAGCGUCCAAGGCAGCCAGGAAUGCCAGAUGAUGAAUCCUCUGAGUUUGAUGCCUUAUUCAGAAGGACAAUGCCUUGGCUUGGUGAUGAUAUCUGCAUGAAGGAUCCUCAGGCUCCUCCUGGCCUAAGUUUAGUCCAGUGGAUGAAUAUGCAACAAAACCCUUGCCUGUCUAACUCGAUACAGCCAAAUUACAUUCAUUCCAUGCCUGGACCAGUUCUGCAAAGUCUUAAUGGAGCAGCAGAUCUUUCCCGUCAGUUAGGCUUGUCAGCACCACAAAUACCUCAGUCAAACAACAUGCAGUUCACUUCCCAAUCCCCGAGGUUACCUCAGCAAGCACAACAGUUUGAUCAACUCCCAAAGCUACCAUCAACAUUGAACCCAUUAGGAUCCAUCAUUCAACCACAGCAACAGCUGGGUGAUAUUGCUCAACAAUCUAGGCCAAAUUUGGUUAAUCAAACUCUUCCAUCAAGUCAAGUUCAGACCCAAAUUCUGCAGCCUCAGUCUCUUGUUCAAACUAACAAUAUCCUUCAGCAACAGCCAUUGACUCAAAACCAUCAGUCUCAUAGACAUAUUUCUCAGAACCCACAGCAACAGCACCAACCACAGAGUAUGGGUCAGAACCAACAGCAAAACCUUAUUCAACCUCAUCUGCCUGACCAGGUAAACCAACAAUUACAGAUGUCUGAUAGUCAGAUUCAGAUUCAACUUUUACAGAAACUUCAGCAACAGCAGCAAUCGAUUCUAGCACAACAGUCGACCCUGCAACAGCCGGCUCAACUAACACAACUCCAAGAUCCUCAGAGGCAGCCGUUAGAUAUUUCCCAGAGCUUCUCUAGGUCUAUGACACCUACCCAAAUACUGGAGCUCCCUCAAGCAACCUCAACCUCGCUUCCUCAGUCUAACACUAUCCGACAUCAGAUGAUAAAGAAUAACAGCCACACAAAUAUUCGUCUCUCUCAGCCGCCCCAGCAGCCAAAGCUUCAACACCAGCAAUCUGGCAUUCUGCCUGAAAUAUCAGGGCAUGUGGGCCUUCCCUCAUCUUCCCAUCAGCUAUCUGUGAUUGCUAGCAGUUUAGUGACAGCAGCUGCUGGAGCAGGGCAGUCUGCAAUUACUGAUGAUGUUCCAUCUUGUUCAACUUCACCUUCCACGAACAACUGCUCUAAUGUGGUUCAACCAGUGAUGAAUGGCAGGCUCCAACGAAGUACAACAAUGGGGGAGGACAUGGCUCAGUCUGCUGCCACAAUUAUUAGUCAAAAUGCAUUGGAAACUGUGUCAUCUAAUGCUAACUCUGUUAAAGAUUUGCAGCAGAAACCAAAUGUAAAGCCUUCAUUGAGCGUCUCUAAGAAUCAUAAUCAAGGAUUUUUCACUUCACAAACAUACCUCAAUGGUGCAGCUGGCCAGACAGAUUACUUGGACACAUCAUCUUCGACUACUUCAGUUUGCCUUUCACAGAAUGAUGUACAUUUGCACCAGAAUAACAACUCGAUCUCUUUCAAUCCACAAUCGUUGUUGUUCAGAGACACCAGUCAGCAUGGGGAAAUUCAGGCAGAUCCCAGGAGUAAUGCUCCUUAUGAGCCUAUUGAUGGCCAAUUGGGCAUACCCUUGAAUCCUGAUCCUUUAUUAUCUAAGGGCAUGGAUGGGUUUGGAAAGGAUUUCCAUAAUGAUGUCACUUCAGGAGGCAUGCUUGUGAACUAUGAAAACUCUAAAGAUGCUCAGCAGGACCUUUCAUCCUCGAUGGUUUCUCAGUCUUUUGGAGUUCCAGAAAUGACAUUCAACUCAAUUGAUUCCACCAUAAAUGAUAGCAGCUUCAUGAACAGAGGUCCUUGGGCCCCACCACCGCAAUUCCAGCGAAUGCGGACAUAUACCAAGGUGUACAAACGUGGAGCUGUGGGGAGGUCCAUUGAUAUCACCCGUUAUGUAGAUUAUGGUGCGCUUAAACAGGGUCUUGCUCGAAUGUUUGGCAUAGAGGGACAGUUGGAGGAUAGACAGCGAAUCGGCUGGAAAUUUGUCUAUGUAGAUCAUGAGAAUGAUGUUCUCUUAUUGGGAGAUGACCCUUGGGAGGAAUUUGUUAACUGUGUUCGCUGCAUUAAAAUCCUGUCCCCUCAAGAAGUCCAGCAAAUGAGCUUGGAUGGAGAUUUUGGAAGCGGCAUUCCUCCGAAUCAAGCCUGCAGCAGCUCUGAUGGUGGAAUUGCUUAAUUUAGUCUUAAUUGCUAACGAUUCUUCUUCCGGGUGCAGGCCCACCGAGAAGUGAUCCUUGGGUAAUUGGAGUGGAUAUUUCCUUGUAUUUUGGCACUGUUGCUGGAAGUGCAAUGCAGAAGUUGAGAAAUGGAGAGAGAAGCUUUUCUCACGGUACGAUUAAUAUUCCAUGAAAGUGUAUUUCCAGACUUGUGAACAAUCCAGUUUGGAAUGUGCCUAAGAUCUUCCAUAUGUGCUGUCUUGAGAUCAAUUCUACAUUGUUUUGCCCAUUCAAUUUAGUGUUGGUAGUUCUCCCACUUCAGUUGCCAUGUAGAAAGCAAGAAGGAUGUAAUUGUAAGGCCUAGUUCGAGUGUAUAGUUCUUCAAUC